CACAAGUGGUGCCAUGAAUUUGCACCAAACUCGUGACGAUUGAACCGCAGCUACGCAAGUCGUCCGUUCCGUUGCUCCCUCCCACGAUCGCCCGCCGCAGCCGCUAACGGAAGGAAGCUUUCCUCCCACCUCUCAGCCUGAGCUGAGAGGCCCGUUGGGCUGCCACGGCCGUGGGGCCAUUCGGUCAAAUCCCUCCCAAACAACCAUCAUCUCUGACCCGACCCGACCGGCGCACAAAAACUCCCUCUGCUUGCCGUCCCAACUCCUCCCCCGCCCCGCCUCCGCUUAAAAGCUCCGCUCCGACCGAAUCCACUCCACCCAACCCGCAGCUGUCUCUGCAGCUCGCUCUGCAUAACACAACCAGCCGGAUUCAUACGACCAGUGCUCACUCGGCAACGCACUGACGCGACGUUGAUCGGCGGCCGAGAGUGAGCGAUGGAGAAGAAGCUGCCGCUGGUGCACAACGAGCGGCUGUGGGCGCGGCCGUGGCGGUGGGCCAAGACGGCCUUCUUCCUCGUAGCCAUGCUCGCCUCGCUGCUGCUCGUCUGCGCGCCGCCGCUGCUCGUCGUGCUCCUCGACCUCCUCCUCCCGCCCGCGCUCCUCUCCAACUUCCUCCGCGCGCAGGCGCAGGCGCACUCCCCUGCCUCCGCCUCCUUCGCCGCCUCCCUCCUCGAUCAGGCCAGGGCUUUCCGCUUCGGCUCCUCGCUCGUCGACCUCCCCGCAGUCUCCGCCGCGCGAUCCUUCCUCAUCCUCGGCGCCUACACGGCGUGCGGGGGCGGCGCGGCCUACAUGUGGGUGGCCGUGGCCUGCAGCGUCACCUCACUCUGCUACGUCCUCGCCAAGGCAGUCGCGGUGUUCGGCGCCGGCCUCGAGCUGCAGGGGAAGGACCAGCUGGUCGCCGUCGAGGCCAUGUUCCUCAUGUCCCUCGCGCUAGCCGCCGCGCACCUCGCCAUGGCGUACCGCGCCAGCUGCCGCGAGCGCCGCCGCCUGCUCGUCUACAGAAUCGACGUCGAAGCUGUAAGACUAAAGGGAGGCCAAACGCCCAAGGCACUGAAGCAAUGCAUCGUCUGACACUCGUCUGACCCUCACACUCACACUUGGGUGGAAUCUGAAUUCUCGGGCGCAGACAGCCAGGGCCCUGCCUGCAGCUGCAGGGCUCGCCGGUCCGGUCCCAAAUUUUGGUUCGAGAAGUUGUGUAUACCCCGAUCGAUCCACACGUCCAUGUACUCUAACGCUGUCCCAAGUGAACAUAGUAUAAAGCUGUAAAUAUAAAUAUGAAACAUUUGUGCUUCGGCCUCCUGCAAAAACAGGAUGAGCUGUGCGGCAGAUGCUUGUUGGCAGAUUAAUCCUUGUCCUUGUAAACACCGGCCUGGAAUUAAGAUAAUACCUGUCACGUGCAGGCAGAGGUGACAUUGGGCAUGUUUAAAUUUGAUUCCAUGAUUCGAUCGGACUGCCGAGUCCGAUUUGAAACGCUUCUGGCCAUCAGAGUAUAGUGGGCAUUUGCCAUUCGAGCAGCUGAUUGUGAGUUCGUUUCAGAAACACUGUUGUCAACCUCAAUCAUUCUUUUUUGAAUGCUGCAAGUUCAAUCCGAGUUCGUUUCAAAGGAUAAA